AUGGAGGAAAGCAACCAUACUGGAUGUUCAAAAACAAGUGCAUCUCUUCAAGAUCAAGACGAGAGUGUGAGUGGAGAAAAUGAUGAAGAAGAAAGUAGGCCUAUAAAGGGAGGAAGUUCAAGCAACAGCACGGUCGAAGAGAGCGAAAAGAAGUCUUCAUCAGUGAGGCCCUAUGUUAGAUCCAAGAUGCCAAGGCUCCGUUGGACACCAGAGCUUCAUCUUUGUUUCAUUAAAGCUGUGGAAAGACUUGGUGGCCAAGAAAGAGCGACUCCUAAACUGGUUCUUCAAUUAAUGAAUGUUAACGGACUUAGCAUUGCUCAUGUCAAGAGCCAUCUACAGAUGUAUAGAAGCAAGAAGGUAGAUGAUCCAAGUCAAGGCAUGGCUGAUCAUAGGCAUCUUGUGGAAAGUGGAGAUCGCAAUAUUUAUAACCUCAGCCAACUUCCCAUGCUGCAAGGAUACAAUAACCAACGCCAUAAUACUAGCUUCAGGUAUGGAGAUGCUUCUUGGAAUACUCGUGAGCAUUUUAUUUAUAACCCUCAUGUGGGUCGGUGUUUAAUCGAUGGAACAAGAACAGGAUUCUAUGGAACAGUAGCUGAGAGGAUCUUUGCAAGCAGCAACAAUAAUAGCAACUGGAGUGCCAAUUCUUGCAAGUUCCAAAUGGGUGCUUCUUCUUUGAGUGCACAAUCUAAAUGGAAAAAUGAAGAGCUAAAAGGUGAUCAAUUACCACAACCAUUGCACAAUAAUAAACUCUGGCAAUCCCAAUCAAGUUCAAGCCUCAUUGAGGCUAGCGCAAAACCUCAAAUGCAAGCCGAAGUAGGGGAGAGUGGUGCUUUUUUAAUUAAGAGGUGUCUCUCUUCAGAUUCAAAAUCAACAACUGAUGUACAAGAGUGGAAGACACUGAAAAGAAAGGCUGCAGAUUGCAAUCUAGAUUUGGACUUGUCUCUGAAGCUAACACCAACAAAAGAUCAUGAUAGCCAGCGAAGUUUGCAAGACAGCACUGAAGUUAACAGUGAUUUAUCUCUCUCUUUGUACUCACCACCAUCCUCAAAGUUUAGCAGAUUGAAGACAGAAGGGGAUGGCAACAAAAAUCAAGCAAAAAGGGCAAGUACUCUAGAUCUGACUAUAUGA